CCGCAGGGAGCCCCUCCGCCCCGCGCCCCACAUCUCCCCGCACACAGGUCCCGCAUCCACCCCGCUUCCCCCCCGUGCCGGCUCUAUGGGCUCCAGCGGCUUCCUGCUCCAUCGCUGCCGGUGGCCCCGCCGCAGCCGAGGGGCUGGUGGGGUGCUCCGGCUCGUGCCCGCCGUCACCUCCUGCCCCCCCGUGCUCCCCCUCGGAGAUCUCCCCCCGGGAAGGCUGGCAAUCUCAGCAAUCCAACAGAGACCUUGGAACGAGCGCAGGCAGCCAAGCCCAGACAGGAGAGACAGCCGUGCGGUGCUCGGAGCCCCCUCGCAGGAUGAGUCCCCACGCGGGGCUGGUGAGCCGCCUGCGGGCAGCCUGGCUCUCGGGGAAGACGCGGCCCAUGGAGUACCGCGUGGCCCAGCUGCAGGCCCUGGGACGCUUCUUGGACGAGAAGAAGCAGGAUAUCCUUGAGGCCACCGCCUUGGACAUGGGCAAGCCACCCUUCGAAGUGGAGCUCUCCGAGAUCUCCAUUUGCAGGACCGAACUCAACCACACGCUCAACAACUUGGGCACCUGGAUGAAGGACGAGCACGUGGAAAAGAACUGGGCGACGCAGCUGGACUCGGCCUUCAUCCGCAAGGACCCGUACGGGGUGGUGCUCAUCAUCGCACCCUGGAACUACCCCAUCCACCUCCUCCUGGUGCCCCUCAUCGGGGCCAUCGCCGCCGGUAACUGUGUUGUCAUGAAACCCUCCGAAAUCAGCAGGAACGUGGAGAAGUUAGUGGCCGAGGCGCUGCCCAGGUACCUGGACAAGGACUGCUUUGCCGUGGUGACCGCUGGCGUGGAGGAGACCACCAGACUCCUAGAGAACAAGUUCGACUACAUCUUCUUCACUGGCAGCCCCUCCGUGGGGAGGAUCGUAAUGGCAGCUGCUGCCAAGCACCUGACGCCCGUGACGCUGGAGCUGGGGGGCAAGAACCCCUGCUACGUGUCCGACACCUGCGAUGUGCAGAACGUGGCCCGGCGGGUGGCCUGGGGCCGCUUCUUCAACGCGGGGCAGACCUGUGUGGCACCCGACUACGUGCUGUGCAGCGCGGAGAUGCAGGAGAAGCUCCUGCCUGCUCUGCAUAAGGCCAUCACUGAUUUUUAUGGCCCCAACCCUCAGGAGUCCCCCGACUUUGCCCGCAUUGUGGGGGACAAGCAGUUCCAGCGAGUGCAGGCGCUGCUAUGCAGUGGACAUGCAGCCAUCGGAGGAGAGACGGACGCAGAGUCACGCUACAUAGCCCCCACGGUACUGGUGGACGUGAAGCAGGACGACCCAGUCAUGCAGGAGGAGAUCUUUGGGCCCAUCCUGCCCAUCCUCACGGUGGCCAGCGUGGACGAUGCCAUUGCCUUCAUCAACGCCCGAGAUCGGCCGCUGGCCCUUUACGUCUUCUCUUCCUGCAAGAAGGAGGUGAACCAGGUGCUGGAGCAGACGAGCAGUGGUGGCUUCUGUGCUAACGACACCAUCAUGCAUAUGACGCUCACCUCGCUGCCUUUUGGCGGCAUUGGGCAGAGCGGCCUAGGCCAGUACCACGGCCGUUCCAGCUUCGAGACCUUCUCGCACCCGCGGUCCGCGCUGAUCCGCGGGGCUGGCCGGGAGGCCCUCAACACCCCGCGGUACCCGCCGUACGCCCCGCACCGCCUCCCGCUGCUCCGCGCCGCCACCGAGACCCGCCGCCAUAACACUUGCACCCUCCUCUGAGGCCCGCACGGCAAUAAACACACACUUCCGCUUC